AUGGGCGUCACCCCGUUCCACCGAUCUAUCCUCGAGGUCCGGUUGCCGAAACACUUCGACAAACCAACGGACAUGAGGUACGACGGAACUCAAGACCCUCUAGAACACCUCACGGCCUUUGAGGCCAGGAUGAAUCUGGAGGGAGUUGGGGACGAAGUAAGAUGCCGCGCCUUCCCGGUAACCCUAGCAGGGCCAGCGAUCAGAUGGUUUAACGGCCUCCCACAAGGAUCCAUAUACAGUUUCUCAGACAUCAGCCGUGCAUUCCUGGCCCAAUUUACAACGCGGAUCGCGAAGGCCAAGCACCCUAUCAACCUUCUAGGGGUAACCCAGAGACAAGGAGAACCGACGAGGAGGUACUUAGAUCGGUUCAACGACGAAUGCUUGGAAAUCGACGGCUUAACCGACUCGGUGGCCAGUCUUUGCCUAACAAACGGCCUCCUCAACGAGAACUUCCGAAAACACCUUACCACGAAGCCGGUUUGGACAAUGCAUGAAAUCCAGACGGUGGCCAAGGAGUACAUAAACGACGAGGAAGUUAGCCGAGUCGUGGCUGCCAAUAAGCGGCAGUCCGGUUACAGCCAAGCUCGGCAACCAGGUGACGGAGAGAGAGCAAAAGAAAAAGCCAGGGAGGAGGCAUCAAACAAGGCACCUAGACCGUUCCCUCGGGUCGGGAAAUUUACUAACUACACUCCACUCACUCUCCCCAUCGUGGAAGUCUAUCAGCAAAUAGCUGAGAAGGGAAUCCUACCGAAACCCCGACCACUUAAGGACCGUACGGGAGGAAAUAAGAACCUCUAUUGUGAUUAUCAUAAGGGUUAUGGCCAUCAAACACAGGACUGUUUUGACCUGAAGGAUGCACUAGAACAAGCGAUAAGGGAAGGAAAGCUAGCCGCGUUCUCCCACCUCAUCAGGGAGCCGAGAAGACGUUAUCGCGAUCAAGACGAAGAAGGCAAAACCCGUUCGGCCAAACGGCGACAAGAACCCGAAGACAGAGACCACGGCCUCACUGUGAUAAACGUGGUAACGGCCAAAAACGCCGCGCCAAAAUCCCGGUCGGCACACAGGAAAGACGCUAAGGUUUUGACGGUCUCAUCCCCGCCGGUGCAAAACUCUAAGAAGCCUUCCUCCAUCUCUUUCGGCCCGGAAGACCAAUGGUUCAACGACGCCCCGGAAAACCCCCCAUGGUCAUUAUGGCCAGAGUGGGAACCGGCCUCGUCAAACGGAUCCUUGUCGACACAGGAGCUGAUUCAAAUAUCAUGUUCCGCAACGUGUUCGACGCACUAG